AUGUGUCAACAAAAAGGAGAGAGCGAACCAUUAAUCCCACUGGCCAAAGGGAAACCUCUGAAAUCUUCGCCCCGGAUGAAAGUGGUGACCGCUGUAAUGUUUGCUGCCUCCUCAUUCGUCGUCACUCUCGCCAACAAAUCCAUCCUGACGACGUACCAAUUCCCGUCUUUCAAAGCGAUGGCGCUCAUCCAAAGUCUGACGACCGUCCUCGUUCUUUACGCAUUGAAGAAGCUAGGAUUCGUGGAAUUCUCCGAUCUCAAAGGGGGCACCUUAGGCGGCACCAAGGAGCUGAGCAUCCCGAUGAACACGACGAUCCAUCGCUUCGCGGUCAUGACGACGAUGAUCCUGGAGUACUACGUCUUGACCGUCUGGCCACCUCGGAGUGUCCAGUUGUCCGUCAUGGUCAUGGUCCUGGGCGCCGUCAUCGCCAUGGCCGAGCCGGGUCCCAACGUCUUCGGCUACGCCUGCGUCCUCAUCAGCGACGCCUUCUCUUCCUACGGCUGCGUCUUCACCAAAGACAUCCUCGAGCGGGACACCAGCAUGAACAAGUACGGAUUCCUCUUCUUCAACUCCCUCUUCGUCCUCCCGCUCAUGCUACUCCUGGCCUGCAUCGACGACGAUCUCGUCCUCGCCUACAACUUCCCGAUGUGGCACGAUCCCCUCUUCUCGCUCAUGUUUGUUGUGGCCAGCACGCUAGGGGCGCUACUCUCGUUUACGGCCAUGCUUUGCACGUUGCAUAACUCGGCCCUGACUACUACUAUCGUCGCCUGUCUCAAGAAUGCCUUCGUCACCUAUGUCGGGAUGUACUGGGGUCAGGAUUACUUAUUCUCGUGGCAGAACUUCGUCGGGAUCAAUAUUAGCAUCCUUGGGAGUCUUCUUUAUACGUACGUCGUUUUCGGGGCGAUUAAGGAGGCCCCGAUCGAAAAUAAACCGGUUGCUCAGAUCAUCGUGACCAUCGGUCAAUGA